GAAUGAUCCAUCAAGGCCAGAAGAUAUGUCUAUCCAGGGCCUUCCUGCUCCUCUGCCUCCCAGGCUAUCUUACUCUGAGUAUUCCCAGGGUCAUCAAAGGCACAGUGGGAGGGACGCUGGUGAUGAAGUGCCAGUACGGCGUGGGCGAGGAGGGCUACAGGAAGUUCUGGUGCCGCGGGUCCGACUGGAAAGACUGUGCCCGAGUCAUUGAAACGGGACAGGAGGUGGGGCAGGAGGUGAGGCAUGGCCGAGUGACCCUCCGAGACAACCCCAUGGAGCAUCACUUCCUUGUGAUCACAGAGGAUCUGAAGGAGGAAGACGUAGAUGUCUACUGGUGUGGGGUGGACGGGGCCCGAAGCGUCCCGCAGGCCCCAGCGGCGGGGGCUGUUUCUCCAGGCUCAGUGACAGUAGCAGUGAGGAUCACUGAGAUGUCAACCAGCCUGGGAGCCCUGGCUCUGACCAGCCACACGCCCAGCCCUGCUCUUCCUGACUGGUCCUUCCUGCUCUUUGCCAGCUUCCUGUUCCUGGUCCUGCUGAAGGUCGUUCUCUUCCUGAGCUUCAGCUCUGCAGCGAUUUGUUUGGCCAGCCCUCAGCGUUGCCUCUGAGGGCCGUGGUCGGCCCGGACCAGACUGCAGCUCUCAUCCCAGUGGUUCCCUGUUGGUGACACAACUCCUGGCCUCUGCUCCGAACUCAGCACUGAUCCUCCCUGGGGUGUGAAAUUGGAAAUGAGUCAGCCCUGCCAGAGACUUUUGUGCCUGGGAACUGAGUCAUCUUUUUCGGAUCCUGUUCUGGGAUGGCCUGGCAGAGCGGGCACGGUACAAGGAUGCGGGCUCUGGACUCGGAUGGAUGUGUAUUCAAACCCCGGGGAUGCUACUUCCUUACCAUGUGACCCAGGAGAGGUUAUUUGAUGGCUGUCAUCAUCUGUUUCUUGGAUUUGUAUAUAAUUGGGCUAGUGCCCUGGGCACGUAGGAGGGGCUCCCACGCGGAGCUGCCAUUACAAUUGCUGGUUUGGGCCUAGCACAGCAGAGAGGAGGGUGAAGAGGUGAGGGACCUGGAAGGAGUGAGCCAGGCCUCCUGUGACUCCUGCUUGAUUCCAGCACAAGGGGGGAAGGGAAGGUGGUGUUAACGCCAGACGGCCACGCUCAUAUCUGUUUGGACAUGCAGUCAGUAAUGAGCAAACGGGAUGAAGAAUGGAGGCUUUGCUUCAAAGGACAGCUGAGAGGUCCCCCCUGUAUGCAGUAGGUGCUGGGAAGAGGGCUUCCUGUGACAAGUUACAAACAGCGGGGCUUAGCUCCUUGCUUGAGGAGCAGUGACCAGGCAUGAAGGAGGCCUGACCCAGCUCCAGACCGAACCCAUCCCCUCUCCCUCUCUCUCUUUGUCCCUCUCUGUUUUCCAUACUCGGUGGCCUCUGACCCUGGGGAAGAGUUCCUUUUCCUUCUUGAUUCAUCCCUUGUGUCCUGGGUCCAGAAGUCCCAUCUCAUCUACUCUUCUUGACCCCUCCAUUCCCUGGAUUUGUGCGCUUCCCAGAAGAAUCACACAUGCCUUCUGUAUCUUUAUCCAAGUUGGUGGUAAAAGUAUUGAAUAGGUGAAACUCAAGGUGGAGUCUUUGGGCAUCCGAUGGCAGGCCACCUAUUAGGUGACAUGCCCUCUUCCUCCAGGACAAGGACAGUGGCAGGCACCCCUGACACGCCCCUCUAGACAGGUGUGACAACAGGCUGUUAGCUGGUUAGUGGUCACUUCUAUUUGAGGGCUGAUGUCCUCAGACCUUCCGAUGAAUUGCUUAGCGAGACAGCAGGUCUCUCAACUCCUAGCACCUGAAGUGAGUGGCUUCCUUUUCUAUGGUCUACGAGGGGCCUUCAAAGGGAGCCCAGGCAGAGUUGAGGUGAAAGAGGUGUGGGCUGGACCUAGUGAUCCACUUCUAAUGAAUGUGGCAAAGUAACAGGAUGCCACUUCUGCCAUUAGGUUACCAAAAGCCCCUGGCUUUCAUUUGUUUGCUGUGAUGGAAGCCACACGCCAUGUUGUGAGCUACCCUAGGGCGAGGCCUGAGGGACGCUUCUGAGCAACAGCCUGAACCACCCUGAGCGUAGCAGCGGGCCCACCCUCGCCGAGCCCUGAGCUGACUGCCGUCCCAGCCAACACUGCUGCAGCCUCGCGAGGAAGCUUUAGGCUGAGGCAUCGCACGGUGCUGAGUGCUGUGAGAUAACGCACAUGCAUUGUUUUAAGCUGAGGUUGGGGCUCAUUUGUUAUGGAGCAGUAGAUAAUGACGAUGAUGUCACGAGCUGCCCGAGAGUAGGACCAAGAAUGGGGUUUUGCCUCCUGAGGACCUAGCACGGUGAUGACACACAGAAGUGGUGACACACAGAAGGUGCACAGAAAUGUUGGUCGCAGGGAAGCGAGUGAAAGUCACUGGUGGAUGCAGGAUUGUCCCAUGAGGUGGACAUGGGUAGGGGUUGGUCCCAUCCCCGCAUUUCAGGGGUGUGAGAAGAAAGCGUUAGCAUAGUAGGUCUGUUUCACUCAGUUCUCGCGCAUCUUGGAAUGCCUGGAGCCAUGGCAAUGACUCAUGCCCACAGUCUGAGAACGAAACUCCUGGCUAGUUCAGAGUCACUGACUGGUGCUGCUGCUCUGUACCCGACCUGAGGCAGUGGGUCAGACCCUGAUUUCUGAGGGACCUGAUGGAAUGGUACCACCUUGUCAUGGUGUCAGGUCCAGUGUCUGGGCGCAGCAAUGAGGUGGGUGGCUGAGAGAAUGAGCCAUUGCAGGCAGAAUGGGAUGUGGAGCUGGGAGUCCUCAGGGCCCCUCCCCUCCACGUGCAGCCAUAAUGCAUCCAGAAUCAACCGCAGGUGUUUCCAGGCAGGAAGUGAUUGCGGACAGCAGAAGGCCCGGGAAGCGGGCAGCCCGGGUUGUUGCCGCUGAGAAGUCGAACAGGAUCCUUAUUUGGUUAUAAGCAACACUUGAGGGUCUAGAUUGAGGGAUUUCAGUAAGAGUCGAGGAAUCACUGCUUUUUUUUUUUUCCCACCAGAUUGAGCAAAUCCAUACCAAACUGCUGGCUGGAAUCAAAGGGGGAAGUCGCGUCGCGAACAGUUUGUGAAAACUCUGCUCCUCUUGAAUGAAACAGGGUCUGGUUAUAGACGCAAUAGCCAAGUGCAGCCAGCCAUUCAGGAGAGCGAUCUGUCAGGUGAAGUGUGUGUUUACCCUGUGACCCGGCGAUCCUGCUUUGGGGAGUAUAUCCCAGGAAUAUUCUCAUGCAGGUCCAUAGGAGGCACGCUAAAGGAAGUGCAUCAUGACAUACACUGUGCACGGUGGCAGGAAGUGGGAGCAACCUAGGUGUCCAACGUGGAGGGACUGACGAGUGAAUUCCAGCAUCUGUUAUGGAAUACCAGCGGAAGCUGGAAAGAACAAGCUCUGUAAACACACAGCACCACGGAUGGGGCUUAAGAACCGGGUGCUGAGUUAAAAAAAUAAAACCAGAAUGAGAUCGAUGGCACAAAACCAUUCAUGUAAACUGAAACAUGUCCACAAAGCGAGCAUACGUAUCUUAUGAUCACACAAAUGCAAGGAUAUACAUUACAGACCUUACAAUGGCUGUCUGUGGGGACAAAGUAGUGAAAAUAGGGAAUGAAAUUGACUAAAUAAAGAAAAGACAAGUGGUGGGGGCUUUCCCAGACCAAUUAACUCCACCCACAGGACCUGAGGUAACCUCCAAAGACAAAAUAAAAUAAAGCAAAACUAAAAAUGGAAAACCCAGAAAAGCAUGUUGGGGCAGGUUUAUGAUGGGUCAACUCUGCCAAGCCGGGUCGGCAGGGAAAGCUUUAUCUGCAUCUUGAAGGAGGCCGGGAGGAAGGUGGGUGGGAGGCUGGAAGGGCAUUCAGAAAACACCAUGUGUGUAGGCUUGCUGAUUUGAGGGAGCGUCUGCUAUUUGGGACUUAGAUAUCGUUUGGGAUCUUGGCGCACAGAGUGUGAGCUAUGGGGGACCAGGAGAGGAUGGAAGCCAGGCAGGAGCCGGGUCCUAGAGGGCCUUGUGUAUCAUGCUACAGCCUGCCCUUGACCGUAGGUAGCUAAGAGGAGACAGUGCAAGUUUGAGAUCAGGGAAGACACCGAAUCAGAAUUCAAAGCAUCCUCAAAGCAUCCUCAUUUUCUUUGAAAAGCCACCAGCAACUUUAAUCUUUACGCACUAGUGUCUGGAUUUGAGACACUUGUGAGGACAUCACCUUUUAACUCCGGGGCUCUAUUUCUAUGGAAAUUGCUUAUUAGAACUCGCUUUGGGUCCUUUCAAGAGUUAGACUGGCCCCAGAAAAAUUCUCUCUUCCAUCAUUACCUUCUUAAAGUUUUGACGCACAUUAUUCUUUAUCUCCAGUGUUGUUUUUCAGUUUCCACCUAUUUUUCUCAUUUCUCAAAAUGCAUUUUUCAUCUAGUAAUUUUAUUUAAUUGAACUUUAUCUUGAGUGCAUCUCAAGAGGUAUUUUUUUUUAAAAAAGGAAAUGUUAAUAAAAGCAGUGAUGGGAGAUCUCACUCAUGCUUGUUAUUGCUUCAUUCUUCCUUUGCUCAGGACUGCCCAUAUCGGCAGGUAUCUAAUUUUUUUUUUCUUCUAGUUUUGGAGCUGAGCUGUCUGAGUUUUCUCCUACGUUUGGGUCACCCACUGCUGAGCAAGAGGAGAGUGGGGGAGAGGUCCAGGUACUUCUCCUUGAGAGGCAGCUCACCCGUGUCACUCCAUCUCCUCUUCCCGAUUCCCUUCACUUCCUGAAAAUUCUGGUCUUCCUGAGCCUGUGUGCUGCGCUCUGGAUGAAGGCAUGGAACGGGAGGUGGGAGAAUGCACCAUCCCUUCCUGCUCACCAGCCGGCCUCUUGCCUCUCUGUGCUCAUCUGUUUUAUUUUUUUUUUAAUAGCUUCAGAAAGAACAAUAAAGUCAAGAGAAACUAAUUUAAAAAAUAGCUCCAUUGAGAUAUUCAUGUACCAUGCAAUUCACUCAUCUAAUGUGUAUAAUUCAAUGGUUUUUAGCAUAUGCACAGAUAUGAGUGACUGUCACCGCAAUCUUAGAGCAUUUUCAUCACCUUAGAAAGAAACUCCAUGCUUUUUAGCGAUCAUCCAUCUCCGUAUUCUCCAGCCCCAAGCAACCACUAAUCUACUUCUGCAGCUGUAGAUUUCUGGAUUCUGGACUUUUCAUGUGAAUGGAAUCACAUGAUAUGUUGUCUUUCGUGACGGGCAUCCUUCACUUAGGAUGUUUUCAAGUUCACCCAUGUAGAUAUGUCAGUGCUUCGUUCCUUUCUAUGGCUGAAUAAUAUUUCAUUGUGUGGAUGCACCACGCUUUGUUUAUUCAUUUGUCUGUUGAUGGGCAUUUGGGUUGUUUCUACCUUUUGGCUAUUACGAAUAAUGUUAC